AUCUGCCCUUCUUUUUGCUCCUCUGACUCGAAUCCCGGCCCUGCCCUCCCCUCCCCUCGAUGAUCCUGUCGUCCCUUCUUCCGAAGGGCCAGGGCUUCCCAUAAUUCAGUCAGCCUUUCUGCUGCUGCCCGCCAAGCUUCCCGAGGUUCGACUGAGGCGAUGCAGCCUAGGUAGAUCCGCGGUACCAACUGUUCACCCUCCGACGCACCUUUGCCUGGAAAACAGCCGCUGAACUGUAAGGCCAUGGCACAAGAUGUACGCGACACACCACUGCAGCCUCCUGGCUCCGGCCCUGUCUCGGGUGACCAACUGUCGGGGCACCCUUCCGCUCCAGAGUGGAUGUCGGCGCAAUCCAACCAUCCUCUACCUCUACACGGUGACAACGAUCUCAGUCACCAUGACGCAGUAGAUCUCUCAGCUGGAGCCUCACGUUCGCCAGACAGCACAGUCUUCGGCGACAGUGAGAACACCCCCGCCAUGUCGAGGAAACCGCGAACUGUACCGGCUUGGGUUCGCUCCGUCGACUACACGGACGACGGUGCAGAAGCUGCCGCUACGGACAGGCUUCUCCCUUCCCAGCCCGAAGAUGUUGUCGUCGCCCAGCACAACCACUCGCCCUAUGCGACAUCGGGCCCUGCUACCUCGAGUCAAGAGAACGAGGGUUCCGUGCACGGGAUCGGUCGACAACGUGAGUCGCGAUGGAAGAAUUUUUCCAGUCUCAUUGCAUACCCCCACGAGCAAGGGUUAGAGGAGAAAUCGGUCACCCCAGACUGGCUGAACGAAAACCUCGGUGACUACUCUCAGCCAUGGCGAGGUCAGCUGGCACCAGACGAUGAUACUGAAGACCCCUUGAGGAUGAAACGGCGCCGGAAGAUCUGGUUCAAGCGUCUGCAUAACACUCUUCUGAAGAGCCCCAUUGUUCCCCUCAUCUUUCGACUUACGGUCUGGUGUUUUUCCCUCACGGCCCUAGCUCUCGGGAGCUCGAUACAGCAUCUCUCGGGGAAGUAUAAACAUCCCCAGGGCCCUUCUGCCCUGAUGGCGAUCAUUGUCGACGCCGUCGCCCUGGUCUAUCUAAUUUACAUCACGUUCGACGAGUACACAUCUAAGCCACUGGGUCUUCGCUCUCCCUCCGCCAAAGCCCGGCUUAUUCUCUUGGAUAUAUUUUUCAUUGUCUUUGACUCGGCUAAUCUGAGUCUGGCCUUUGAAUCUCUAUCUACUGUCAGAGGAGCCUGCACAAUGGCCGAAGUCAAUCAGGAAAUCACACCGAAGAACGACGCAAUAUGCGACCGGCAAAUAGCCCUAGCUUCUGUGCUUCUGAUUGCCCUGCUAGCUUGGCUCACCACCUUUUCCAUCAGUGUCCUCAGACUUGUUGAAAGAGUUGCUUCAUGAACUGCGAUAUUUACGCCUUCCCAUUCUAUCAAUUGUUUUCCUUCUCAUACCCCUUUUUACUCUCAUGUGUUUUCCUUGUCUUCCUUCUCACUAUCUCAAGACCCUGGUUUCUACUCGGUCUUUUUUUGCUUUCCGAGCUUUCUUCUUCUCACGUCUUGGCUUUCAACUCUUGGUUCUUUAUUCUUCUUUCAUCGCCCACUCUUAUCAUCAUCAUUUCAUGCCUUUGCUUCCUUUGGUCAGUUGCGGAUUUAUACCUGUUGUCCCGGUAGUCUGGUGUUUGCGGAUUGGAAACGGAGAAUCUGGAUUUUUGGCUACACUGUCACUCUGCAUAUACGAUUAAUCAUGUACAAAUGGGACAAUGGCAGAAGAUAUACGGCC